UGAUGUAUCUUGUGUUUGAACCCAACCACACCAUCGCAUCCGAAUCUGUUGCCCGGGCUGCUGCAGCCCCAGUUGCCCCGCGGAGAGGCGCCGCCGGGCCGUCGGGCUUCCCGAGUCUGCCGCCGGUUCCGUGGGAACCGGCUGGCUUCCUCCGUGCCUGGAAGCGGCAGGGUGUGUCAGGACGAGAGCGCAAUGCCAUGACUUCCUGAAACACUGUGUAUGUGCACAAUCCACACUUGGAGAAAAUGAAGGAGGACAUACUCUACCACUUCAACCUGGGAACCUCCACUCACGACCUGCCAGCUACGUUUGGGGAUGUGAAAUUUGUGUGUGUUGGGGGCAGUCCCUGGAGAAUGAAGUCAUUCAUUGAGUACAUUGCUGCUGAGCUGGCUUUGGAAGACCCUAAAUCAGAGUACCCAAAUAUCUGUGCCGGAACAGACCGCUACGCCAUGUACAAAGUGGGCCCGGUGCUCUCCGUCAGUCAUGGAAUGGGCAUCCCUUCUAUUUCCAUAAUGUUGCAUGAGUUAAUUAAGCUUCUUCAUCAUGCGGGCUGUACAGAUGUUACAAUUAUACGCAUCGGGACUUCAGGUGGCAUAGGGCUUGAGCCCGGCACGAUUGUUUUGACCAAGCAGUCUGUGGACGCCAAUUUCCUGCCCAAGUUUGAGCAGGUGAUACUGGGGAAGACGGUAGUUCGCAGCACCGACCUGGACCUAGGCCUGGCUGAGGAGCUGCUGCAGUGCAGCAAGGACCUAAGCCAGUUUGAGACAGUCAUAGGCAACACCAUGUGCACCAUGGAUUUCUACGAAGGGCAAGCCCGUCUGGAUGGAGCUUUCUGCUCUUACUCGGAGAAGGAUAAGCAAGAGUACCUGACUAAAGCCUACGACGCAGGAGUAUGCAACAUUGAAAUGGAGUCAUCCGUGUUUGCAGCCAUGUGCAAACUGAGCGGUUUGCGAGCUGCUGUGGUUUGUGUGACGCUCCUGGAUCGGCUGAAAGGAGAUCAGCUGACCAGCUCUCACGAAGUUCUUCACAGCUACCAACAACGUCCUCAGAUACUGGUCGGCCAUUUUAUUAAGAAGCUCAUGUGUGCCUCAGCCAAGAACUAAAAGUAAACGCACAUGCAGAAUUUUAGGCGUCGUCACUGGGGACCUAUGCAGCGAAACACCUCAUGCACGUCAGAAUGUGUGGGCGUCCUGCUGAUCCAGUCAGUCAGGAGCGUACCGUGUAGGCUCAGGCCUUAUCGUAGCGUCCCGGGUUUGAAUCCGGCCACAGGACCAUUGCUGUGUGUCUUCUCCUGCUCUCUGAACCUUGCGUUUCCUGUCUGUCUCUCCUGUCCUGUCAGAUAAAAUGCCAAAAAUACACACGGAAUGCCAAACUCCGAAUGAAACCGUUUCACUCUGCAAUAAUCUUAAACUUAAAAAAAAAAAUGCAAGCGAGUUGUGCGCUUCCUGCUGUUUGUCGUGUUGCUGUCCCUUUCAGUGGUGGUCUCAGCACCGUAUUGAUCGUGAUUUCGCUCGUCACAUUUUAGCACAUCAUUACAGUGUAUUUGCUGAUAUUUGUCACACUGUGCUUCCGCUGUCGUCUUCAUGUAUUUGCCUAAGGACCUGCAGGGAAUUGGAUGUACUAUAAUCACGUAGAGCCGUGCGAUCAUUAAGAUGUUUCCUCUGCGAUGCUACCUCUUAUUUUUCUACAACAUGUGACACUGGUAAUGUCAGGCCACGUAACGAUUCUGUGCCAAAAUAUGAAUGCAUUCCUCAUCUUAUGUGUGCCUGUGUAUUUGACAACAAUUGUCGGUCGGCUUGUUGAGCGCUAAUAA